AUGCCACCUAAAUCUAAAUCUCCAACUGAUGCUUCCCAUUAUUAUCAUAGUAGCAGAAAUCUUUUAAAUUAUUGGGGCGAAACGCAAGAACCACCAACCUCAACAGCCCCCUUCACUCCCAUCUCUGAGAUGAAGGGUUUACACACCACCUUAUUAUUGGAUCUCGAGGUGCGUGUGUUAGUACAGCCUAUUGGAGAGAAAAACCAAUGGGCAGAAAAAGGUAUAGGGCGUGUAAAUAUAAAUGGACGGGCAGUUAUUGUGAUGGCAGACCAGCCACCCACAGAAGUAGCCCCACAUAGACGAAAUGAUAGUGAUAAAGCACCAACACCGAAAAGAUCUAUUGAUGUAUUUAGAGAAGAGCUUUUCGUACGGUUAAUGACUACAGGAGGUUCCUCUGAUGAUUUUUCAUGGGAUCAAGUGAUAGUGUUAGAAGUCUUUUCUGAAGAUACACCCUUUGUGGCGGAGAAUAACUGCAUUGUGUGGAAUGAAAAUAGUGGGAGAAACUCUAUAUGUCUCGCGUUCGCCUCCUCAGAUGCUUAUAUCGCCGUUUGGAGUACCUUGCUUGCCGCUCAGCGUAAACCAAUUCCAAAUUCAUUGUUAAAGUUAGAUCUCCUUCGACUAUGUAAACCAUUCCCAGAGUCUACUGUACAAAGUGAUGGAAAGGGAGAUACAAAUACGCAUGAAGAUGAGAAGAUGAUGUUGUUGGUAUUGCCGUAUUCAUAUUAUAUUCAUAAGGAUUAUAAUCCUCCUUUGGGUUAUGUGGAACGACAUGCACUUUCUAUGAGUAUUAUACAUCAUGGACAUGCCCUCAAUCCGGCGUUGUACAGUGAUCCGGUAACUCUACGAGUACUUUUGGAUAUUGCAACAGUUGAAUUAUUGGAUUAUAUUAUAAAGGAACCAAUGUAUUCACACUUGGCAAAAUGUUUUGGAUCAACACCGCCAAAGGAAUGGACUAUUCCACAUCAACUUUCAAAAUUAGUCAUAACAAAAGAAUUAAAAGACACUAUGUCUAAUAUAUUACGCUUACAUCAUUUAGAGAGAGAAAUAUUGGUAGACAAAGUAGAUGAUGAAGUCAGUGCUAAUAUAAAACAAUUAUUUCAACAACUUCAAGGUAAAGCAUUACGUCAGAUAAUAGAGAAUAAUAAUUUGGUGUUAAGGGCAAAAAAUGCUUUGCUCGCAGCACCCAUAUCUAAAGAAAGUUUGGUUAGCCUCAUUGUAUCUUCAAAGGGGGUACAAAACGAACAGGUUGAAAAUCCAGAAAAAAACUCUGUAGAUUACUCUGAAGUAGAUUUAAAAAGACUCCUCUCCGCAGAAAAACAGGUAUUCUCCUAUCUUCACUUCUUUCGUAGUGUUGUUGGUCUUGCCGUUUCGGAUUCUACAGAGAAAUUGGUCACUCCAGCCGUUUCAGCCCUUUUUGAUGCGGGUCUUCUUGAGGCACUUUCAAUAGUGGCCGAACGGUAUUGCCUUCAGAAAGAAAGUAGACAUUUGUGUUGGAAUGAGGGAGGAAAAGGCGUUUGUGCGAGUACUUUGUUUGGUCUUGAGGAAAAGAAACCAACAGGGGAACAUUACAUACGAACAAGAUAUUUAACUUCUACCAAUACCUCUCCUAAUAUUUAUUCUCCUCGUAUAGAGAAAGAACUUAUAUCCUUUUUAGGGACUGUUCUCUUACAUAUUGAUAGUGAUCAUGAAGGGGCUAUGAGGAAUUUAAUGUUUCGAAUUCCAAUUAUGAGUGAACCCGCAAAGUAUAAAGGUCUUUUUAAAUUCUUACUACAACAAAUUACUUUUGGAUUCCGGAAAGAAAUGAAUAAAGGUCCUCUACGUGAACCCAUUUGCUUUGAAAGGACUCAGUUAUGGUUUGAUUUACUAGGAUUGAAUGAGAAGAAGAAACCCCCUUCGAUAGAUGGAACCGUACAAAAGGAUGAUAACGUUAAUAGUCGUGAAGUAUUCUUAACGUAUUUCAUUCAAAAACAUUUAUUACCAUGGAUUCGUGGAGGAAUGCAACCAGUUCCACCCGCACCAAAUAAAUCAACCGUAGAGAAUAAGAAUAGUUCCUCACCGGUAAUAGCACAACAACGUAAACGUAUUUCUUCAUUUGAUGCAUUACCGCCUAAUAUCUCACCAUCACUUAUUCGACUCUUAGAUGGUAUUAUUACCAGGGCGAGUACAGAUGAUGUGGAGUCUCUUUUAAGAGGUAUUUUUCAUGGUAAGUCGUGUGUUUUAAAAUAUAUGGAGGUCUGUUGUGAAUUGGCAAUUCAAAAUAGUAAACAAGUCUGUGUAGAUGUACUUUCUAGUAAUGUACGUCUUCUUACAAAUAUACUAAUACGAAUUACACCAAAAGAAUCUGAAACUGAACGUCCUGUUGUAAACGGUCUGAACGGUGUUAAUAGUAAUAAUAAUAAUAAUAAUAAUAAUAAUCCCAGUACAGAAAAGCCAAUUUGGGGUGCUGUUAACUCCUAUAAUGCAAUGCGUGUCUCCAAGUCAAUUAUCACAUUAGUUUGUCGAUCUCUUACAGCGGGGAGAGAUAUGUUUGGUUGUAUUUUUCGUACCUACAAUGCAUUAGGUGGAGCUCGUAAGAAGGGUUUAUUUCAUUCAACCGUACUUGGUCUUUUGGAGUAUAUUGGUAAUUUUGGAUCAUGUUUACCACCUACGGAAACCGAUCGUUGUUUCUUGCGUGAUUUACGCGAUUUUAUUUACAUUCGGCACAAGGAACGUAUGCCGCGUAUGUUCUCUACUCUUUUUCGUGAUGCCAUGAUAUUUGAAAUAGAUUCUAGAUUUGCACAUGAUGAAGUACCUUCACUUUCCGCAAGUUUAUGUACUCGUGGUUCUUACGGUAGUGGUAUCUUCACACAAAGAUCAGGUUGCAUUGAUGAGUUGGAAAGUAGUGGUUCAUUUUUCCUUGGUACGACUACUAGUAGUACUAAUCCAGCUAGUAAUCCUAGUAGUCCCCUUGGUAAAGUUGUUGAUAGUCCUAAUGAUAAUAUGGAGACCUUUACACAACUGGUGCGUACAUUUGCUGAAGAAAUAGUACCACCUUCUAUAUUACCACUAUCCGUUAAACGUGAUGUAGCGCCUUUGCUUUCCCCAAAAACAAAUCUACUUCCACUACAGAAACAGAAGGAAAGUAGAGAGAACCAUAUCAUGGAUGAGGAAAGAGGAAAUAUUUCUAAUGAAUACCUUAAUGAGUGUGUUGUUAGGAGUAGGAAUAAUAAUCUUAAUAAUGGGAAUAAUAAAAUGAUGACUAAUAAUUCCCAGAAGGAAUCCACAGGGAGUAAAUCGCUUCCUCUAUCACUAUCUGCAGUACAAGAGCAAAUGGCAUCCCGUACAAAAAUGACCACAAAAUAA